AAUAUAGAAAACAAAAGCGACAGAGGCACAUUGAUAGAAUGGCGAUUUGAAGUUUUCCUGUCACUCGUGCACGCUUCGUGCGCAAGUACAAGAUAUUUACUUAGAAUACACUUUCGAUAAAGUACAUUCAAGUUAAAAUGGGACGUUCAUCCAAAGAUAAGCGCGACAUAUAUUACCGCUUAGCAAAGGAGGAAGGCUGGAGAGCACGAAGUGCAUUCAAACUUCUUCAAAUUAACGAGGAAUUUGAUAUAUUUUCAGGUGUGCAGAAGGCUGUCGAUCUCUGUGCAGCUCCCGGAAGUUGGAGUCAGGUCCUCUCCCGAAAGUUGCGGCAGAACUCUUCCAGUGGAGAUGACGUUAAAAUCGUUGCUGUUGACUUGCAAGCGAUGGCUCCUCUUCCAGGAGUUAUUCAGUUGCAAGGGGAUAUCACUGAGAUUUCAACUGCACAGAAAAUCAUAAGCUAUUUUGAGGGCGAAAAGGCAGAUCUUGUUGUGUGUGAUGGCGCCCCGGACGUAACUGGCCUUCAUGACAUUGAUGAAUACAUCCAAGGCGAACUCCUUUUGUCGGCUCUGAACAUAACGACGCACAUUCUCAAGGAUGGAGGAACAUAUGUAGCGAAGAUAUUUCGCGGGAAAGACGUAAUGCUGUUGUAUACCCAGCUCAAAGUAUUUUUCCCACACGUCACCAUAGCCAAACCUCGGAGCAGCCGCAAUUCUAGCAUUGAAUCCUUCGUCGUCUGCCAAAACUACGCGCCUCCCGAAGGUUACAAGCCCUUUAUGUGUACGAGAAACUUCGAAGAGCUCUGUAAAACAAACUCUGAAGAGCCAAAUCGAACCUUGGUGCCUUUCCUGGUUUGCGGAGACCUGAACAGCUACGACUCUGACAGAACGUACCCAUUAAACCUGGGAACUGGGAAGGAGUACACGUACCACCCGCCCGUACAGCCCCCGAUCGACCCCCCUUACAAGAAGGCCAACCUCAUGAAGAAAAGAGGAGAACUUGCAAAGCCAGAAUCUGCAACAGAAGCUGAACAGUGUAUGGACGAAGCACUUUGUGCUGGUGUGUCAGAAUUGACUGUGAAAUCCAGUGCAGAUUCGCGGGUGUAGUUUUGUGCAUGUACAGUGUAUUUGGACACACCAAUUGUGUAACUGCUGUGGUUUCGAUUCAAUUUUAAUGUUUUUUUAAGACUGUAAUAAAAUUCAGAAAUUGCAAAAUCCA